UUUGGACCACCAUAACGAAGACAUAUCGGUGAUGUGCUCUAAGGGCCCAGUCAGCACCCUCUCUGGGAUGGUCAGUAUAAGAUGUACACUAGGCACCCGUGAUGUCCCGACACUAGUUGCUCUGUAUAGGCCUCUGAUCGUUCGUUGUGCCCGAGGAAUAGAGCUACUCUUUCACUUAAAGGAUGCUAUUGAUGAUCAGGGCCGACAAGAGGUACGUCAAGCCAGCAGAAAUCUAGGGGACAUCGCCUCUAUGGAAUGCUUGCUUACUCAUUUAGAAGUCAGCGAACAUCCUCAAAAAUGGCAAAUGUUUGUGGAUGCUUUGGAGAAUAAUGAGUACCACUACCUCGCGGACGCUCUGAAAGGCCAGGAAGUGCCAAGAGAUGUAUUCGUCAAAUUUAGGAAACUUUUGAUGGAACACAACCUUCAGUUCAUCGGACGAUUUAAUCCAACGGACGUCCUUCCAGAACUUCAUAGGAGGAAAGUGUUAAACGAUAUGGAUAAAGAAAAUAUUAUAGCAGAACAAAGGACGCAGGGAAACAUGGGAGCCACAGGCGUUCUUCUUGAUCGAGUAUGGCGGCGGCAUACCAAUUGGUAUGAAGAAUUUUUGGAUGUUCUUUGCAAAGACUACCUGGACAUUGUCAAAAGAAUGGACACGGAAUUUUAUGAGAAAUGGCAGAUAGCAAACAACAGGCAAGUUGAACUUCCAGUAAAACAACUUGCCAGCUCUUCAGAAAUUAGCGGUAGUAAAAAAGAGGAUUCAGAUAUGGUACCACCAGAAUCUUCACCUAGCUCAAACAGAUUGGAUUCUUUUGGCAGGAAGAGUUCUUUCUCAAUUCGUGAGGACUACAUAUCAGCAACGGGUGAUCCCCACAAUACCCUUGGUGAUCGCUCCACUUCCCCACAAGAUAGCAUUGCUUUUGAACCAAGUGGCGAGCUGACGUUGAAUAGCCUUUACAGUGAUUUUGGUGAUUAUGACGAUGAAAUAACUCAGGAAAAGAGAAGGAUUGCACAAGAACAACUAAAUUCCCUGCAUUCAGUUCAGAAACGGGAACCGGAGGAUAAAUCUAUUGAAGAUUUGGGGAUUCCAGACACAUCAGGAGGUCAUACCAAGAGUUUUGUGUCAACCACAGGUUCAAGGUCAACAAAUCUGAGGGCAAACAUCCAGGCUGGUGACCAGGAAAACCUGAGUAGUAUUCCCUCCCUUAGCGGCGGUGCAACUUCAUCUUUGGUGGGCCGGCUGUUACAAAGUAUAGAGAAUUGUGUCAAUGAAGAUUUGCAGAGAGAAGGGGGCGCUGUUCCCAAUAUCAUAGGACCUGAACAUCCAAUCAUCGAUACAGAGUCUGUUGACGAAAACAACGAGAGUUCAGACGAAGAAGAACGCAUCCCUGCUAAACCUCUAAACUUGCGCAGCUAUCAAAUGGAGUUGGCACAAGCAGCCCUGCAAGAUAAAAACUGCAUCAUCGUUGCUCCUACUGGAAGUGGAAAAACACAUGUUGCUAUGAAAAUCAUACAGAAUCAUCGUGAAAAACGGAGGCGUCUGAAUAUACCGAAAGUCGCUUUUUUAGUUGAACAAAGCGCUCUUGCAGAACAACAGGGAAAAGUUUGCAAAGAGUAUCUGGGUUGUAAAAUUAAGGUUAUCACUGGAGAGAAGCAACGGACAGAGAGCCUCCAGAGUCUUUCGUGUUGGAUUCAGAAAAAGGAUGUACUGGUCAUCACUGCACAGAUUUUGGUUAAUGCGUUGGCUACGGGGGACGUUCAGAUUGAAGCUUUCUCCUUGAUAGUUUUUGACGAAUGUCACCACUCGCACGCCAAGCAUCCAUACAAUCAAAUAAUGGCGUACUAUCUGGAUCUUAAGCUGGAAGAUAAGCACAAGCAACUCCCCCAAAUUGUAGGUCUGACAGCUUCCGUUGGAGUUGGUACGGCGGAGAAAGAAGAGAAAGCAAUUGGCUGGAUCAUUAGCAUGAUGGCCAACAUGGACGCCGAGGAACUUAGUGUUGUUGAAGAAAAUAAGGCGGAAUUGGCCCAACAUGUUUAUAUUCCGGAUCAAGAUGUGGUAAAAACUAACUCAAGAAAGAAAAACGACUUCGGGCGAAUCAUAGAUGGCAUCAUGAAGGCGAUUCAUAGAUGGAUGAUUCAAUCUAUACAUGCCAAGGCUCUGACGGACCAGAGUGUUCUGAAGCCCCCGGCGGAGUGUGGCAACAAUCAGUACACACAGUGGCUCAGUCGACUGUGGAAGGAGGGGGCAAAAAUAGUAGACGAGAAGGCCAGGCGCUUCAUCCAUUCCUGCAGAGUCAAUCUGGAUAUGUACAACAAAGCCUUGAUUAUAUAUACCAAUGCACGCACCUCUGAUUCCCUUGCCUUCAUCAAAGAUGAACUGAGGCGUUGGGACAAACACCAAAUUCUGGACGAUACCGACAUUAAACUCAGAUCUUUCUUCGAACAAACCUACGGAAGACUACAGACAUACACAAUGGAUCCAGAUUACAAUAACCCAAAGCUGAUGGAACUAGGAAGGUUGAUAUUGCAAGCAUUUGGGUAUGAUGCUGAUUCACGAGGCAUAAUAUUGGUCGGAACCAGAGAUUUGGUGAAAGCAAUUCACCGUUGGAUGAUGGAAACGGAUGAUCUGCGCCAUCUCAAACCUGUCAUGUUUACCGGAGCGCAAGCCAAGAGCAGCGCAGGAGGAAUGACAAAGGUACAGCAGAUUGAUGCUCUAAGCCUGUUCAAGGAGGGUCGACAUAAAAUUGUCAUUGCUACAUCUGUGGCUGAGGAAGGUCUAGAUAUCCAGAAAUGUAAUCUUGUGAUUCUGUAUUCUUACGUCAGUAAUGAGAUCGCCAUGGUCCAGGCAAGAGGGAGGGAAAGAUGUGAGAAUGGAAAAUACUCUGUGGUGGCUGAACAGGGAGAUAAGACUGCUGAGAGGGAGGAGUUGAACAUCAUCAGAGAAGCUAUGAUGAACCGUGCCAUAGAUCUGUUGAGGGAGAAAUUUAGGAGGGAGCGGAGAGAAUGUCUGAACAUCAUACUUGGCUUGCAAGAAAAUGCUAAAACAGAGCGUGACCUGGCAGCGAAAAAUGAAGAAGGAUUCUUAGUUCGCCGGGGCGAAUACGUGCUCAGAUGUCAAAAGUGUAGUAAGUACAUAUGUAUGUCAAAUGAGGUCAGAAAGAUACAGAACGCCCACCAUGCCUGUAUUUGUGACGACAUUAAAGAGCGAGUCUUGGGGCAGCUCCUGCCCCGCCCCCAGUUCGAGGACGUGGACCUUAAGUGUGCCGUCGCCAAGCUCCUCUGCCGAUCCUGUGGGUCAGAUCUAGGAAACGUCUCCGUCUACAAAAAUGCCCAGUUCCCGAUCCUGAAGAUAGAGGGGCUCUUGAUGGAAGACAACAUGGGCCGACGAGACGUGAAGAAUAAGUUGAAGAGCUUGCCAUUCUUGGUGAAGGAAAUAACUGCUGAAGAUAUACAGCAGCGUGCUCGUGGAGAGAAACUCAUUGAUAUGAUCUAA